AUGUCGAGUUUUAGAGCAGCUUUUAAGGGAAUCAAUGUCAAGGCAUUAUCAUAUGUGGUUGGUGCUGGUGCACUAGCAGGCAGCGUAACUGGUGCUGUGAUGGAGCACCAGAACUGGGAAAACUCUAACAACCGUAACUACAACAAGCAGAAGCUUGCUGCAUUGGCAGCUGCACAUCUUGCUGCGAAGGAGAAGAACGAUGCAUCGAAGUACCAGCAAGUUUACAAUGACAUUGCUCUCAAGAUGAGGGAGGAAGAUGAGUACGAUGAAUACAUUGGGUACGGUCCGGUCCUUGUACGUCUCGCAUGGCACUGUGCAGGAACGUGGGAUAAGAAGGACAACACUGGUGGUUCCUUUGGUGGUACUUACAGGUUUAAGAAGGAGAACACCGACCCAUCGAACAAUGGGCUACAGAACGCCGCACACUUUUUAGAGCCUAUCCAUGCCAAGUACCCAUGGUUAUCACACGGUGAUUUGUACACAUUGGGUGGUGUCACAGCGAUCCAAGAAAUGCAAGGCCCUAAAAUCCCAUGGAGAUCAGGCCGUGUGGACCAACCGGAGGAAACUACACCAGAUAACGGUAGACUACCCGAUGCUACCAAGGAUGCCAAAUACGUCAGAUGUUUCUUCAGCAGACUAGCCUUUAACGACAGAGAAGUUGUUGCCCUCUUGGGUGCCCACGCCCUUGGUAAGACGCACUUGAAGAACUCAGGUUUCGAGGGUCCAUGGGGUGCUGCAUCAAAUAUGUUCACUAACGAAUUCUACAACAAUUUGCUAAACGAAAAAUGGAAGCUCAUCACCAACGAAGCCGGAAACAAGCAAUACAUCAACGACAAGGGUUGGAUGAUGCUACCAACCGAUAUGGCAUUGGUUCAAGACUCCAAGUACUUGCCUAUAGUAAAAGAAUUCGCCAAGAACGAGAAUGCCUUCUUCCAAGAAUUUACAAAGGCCUUUGUCAAGUUACUAGAGAACGGUAUCGAGUUCCCAAAGGAGAACAAACCAAUUGUUUUCAAGACUCUUGACGAACAAGAUCUAUAA